CAUUUAAAUUUUUUGAUGUCAUUUUAUCCAAAAUCUAAGAUACAAAUAAAUACUACAUAAACAAUGAAUUAUUGUACUUUUUCUUUUUUUGAAAGUAGAGAAAGAGGUCACUUGUGUUAAGAGAUCAAUUCUGAACCUAUCAGAUUAUUUAUUUUUUUGAUUUAGCAAAUAUUUGAUUUCGCUAGGGGUGUGCAUAAAUCGAUCCAAUCCAAUGAGAACCGACCGAUCUAAUUACAACCGAUUGCCAAACAUUGGAUAUCCAAUUGUGAUCGGAUGGGAUGGUGGAUGGGCUGUCUAAAAAUCCAAUACAUCCAACAUCCAAUCGAACUAAUUAGUAUUUUCAUUUAGUUUGGAUGAGUAAUUAAAUUUUAUAUUGUUAUACGUCAAAUCUAUAUGUAUAUAUAAAAAUUAACAUUAAAAUUUUACUUUUUUCUUAUUGGAUUGGAUGGAUACAGUUCAAUCCAAUACAUACUGGAUCUAAAAUAUUGGAUGGAUCCGAUCUGAUCCAAAAAAUACUAGGUCUAAAAUAUUAUAUAAACCCAAAUUUAACAAAUAAAUAUAUAAGAAACACAUCCAAUGGAUAAAACCGAUUCAAUCCAACAUCCAAUGGAUGUUGAAUCGAUUGGAUGACGAAAUUAAUUGGAUCAGAUCGGAUGGUAAAAUCUAACAUCCAAUAUAUGAUUGAAUCGGAUCUGGAUAGGCCUAAAAACAUUGGAUGUGAUCCAAUGAACACCCCUAGAUUUCGCUAAGUUAAUUCUUAAAAAAUCGCGUAUUCGGUAUUUUAAAAUACAAUCAAUCGAAAGGGUUAAUCCAAUCCAAACAAUAAAAAAAGGAAGGAUUUCUUUUAAGAAAGGGAUUAAAGAAAACGAAAUUCAAAGUAGAAGUAAAAGAAAAGAAUUUAUCAUCUAUUUGUAGCAUUUUGAUUUAUUCAAAACCUUUUUCUUUAUCUUAUUUUCAUUGCAAAAUGUUGUAUUUCUCAGACUACCUUUUUUUUAUUUCUAGAAUCUCCAAAAAGGGUAUUGUUAAUAAUCUCGCAGGUACUGAAACCAUUAAAAGAACACCCAAUAAUUUAUUUGGUACUUUACGAAGUAUUUGAAAUACAGGUUAAAAAUACUAUUCAGGCAAUAUCUCCAAAGGAGUUGCAAAUUCGCUUCACCGUCGAGAAACGAAAGAAGACUUCCAUAUCCAAGUUUAACUCAGACGUAGCUCACUUCUUUUCGGGUGUGAAGCAGUGUCAAACCAAAAUACCCAAUUAUCAUAAAUUUUUACUGAAAGUAACAUUAGAUUUAUAAUUGUUUUCAAUCAAAAAUUUUUGAUCUAGUAAUUUUUUUCUUGAAAUGAAUCAUAUAAGAUACCAAUCCCUUUCCUAAAAGAAAUCCUUCCUUUUCUUUUGUUUGGAUUAGAUCAACCCCUUCGAUUGAUUUUAUCUUAAAAUACCAAUUUCGAAUAUCUAAAAAUUUUCUUUUCAUUUUAUAUUGAUAAAUCACAUUUGAUCCUAUUGAAAAUAUUAGUGUAAAUGAAGAUCAAAUUUGAAAUGUUAUGGAUAAAGACAUCCCUAGUGGGAAUGAUAGUGACAAUUUUAAUUACAGUAAUGUUGAUCAUUUAAAAUUGUAUGACAAAGUUUGAUUGAAUUUUCUUAGAUUAGAAUAAGUCUAAGAAUUAAAUUCACACAACAAUGUCGAUAUCCCAUAAUCCUUUUAUUGAUAACCAAAGAAUUAUACAAAAUAACUAUUGGAUAGGCUUUCUCUCAAUUCUAAAUUCUUUCAAACCCUGAAAUUGAGUUAUAAUUUUCUAUGCAUAGAUGAUGAAGCUUGGCGCAUCAACAAUCUAAUUAAAAGUUAGUAACUGAGCCUAAAACAAUUAAAACAAAGACUGAAACUAAAUAAAACUGCUAUGAUGAAACUCUACAAAACUCAUUCUUGGCCCUUUAUGGCCUUUCUUCCUUUGAUAGACACAUCAAAGCAGGGGCUUAUCAUUGACCCUAAAACCUUCACUUUGUCUGAAAUUGUUUACUGUUGGUAGUAUAAUCUUCGUAAGCUUCUUCGAAUGUUGGUAGUGACUUCCAUUUUACAAGUUCUUUGGAGCACUACCUCAUGUUCUACUCGGAGCUAAAAGUUGGUUGUGAGUUGUUGGGGAGAAUCGAAUAUUGACGAGAUUUCAUCAAGGUUGGGAGAAGUGUAAAACAAGGUAUAUAGUAGUAGUUGAUUGCAGAUGGAGCUUAUAAGCAACUUGGCCAAUGUGUUCUACAAUCAGAAUAGGCCCAUUGUAUCUUGCUAGUAGUUUAUCAUUAGUCUUCUUAGCGAGUGAACAGUGCCUAUAUGGUCAUAGAUUGAGGAAGACUCUAACACCAAUGCGAAUUCCAAGUUUGUGCAGGCUCUGUGGUAAUAGGUGGUGCAUGGCCUCCUUCGAUGUGCUCUCCCCCUCUAUUAAAAAUUCACCUCCAUAACCUCACUAGUUGCUGUAGGACAAUGACCAAACUACGUGAUCUAACAUUGGACAUUGAGAGUGUUAUGUGGUCCGCAACAAGUGGCUGAUUGCACCUUCUUGUUAAGUACUUUCUACAUCUAUUAAACACCCACUGAAACUAAAACGAGCAAGAGAGCAAAUUCAUGUGAAAAGCAUAUCGGGAUAGUGGGGUACCUAAAUUCAAGCAUAGUGCAAAGUUGAUUGCCCAAUACGUUUUUGUGAUGCUAGACCAUGGUGCAAACACCCUAAACCCCUAUGUUCGUCCUUUAUCAAAAAUCCAUCGAAGUACAGAGGCAACCGUUCCAUUACAACCUGAAUUUUUCUUUAGUAAGUAGAACGGUGCCUAUUAAUAAGAAUUACUUUUUACUGACUUAUCGCUUGUGGAAUUGGCUUGGUAAACGUGCAAAGUUGCACUUCCGGGGUGAUAUUAUCCAAUGUUGCCAACAACUUGUUUACGUUGUUCUUAUAUUCGGAGAGAGUUACCUCUUGUUUCACUGUCAAAAUUUGAUUGUGCAAGGAGUUUUGUGUGUCUCGAAAGUGCCAAAGUACCUUUCGUAUUGUCUCCUUCCAACUGAGAAUGGUCCUCCUUUUGUUAUCAUACUGGUACCAUAGUAAAGCUUCCCACGAAUACGAUAUAAAAAUUGUCUAUGUUUUAUCUUUCUCAUCAUAAUUAUGACAAGUAAAGAAUCUUUUAGCUUGCAUAAUCCACCUGUUAGGACUGUCUCAUCAAAGAUGGCAUUUUGAGUUUCUUUAAUCGAUGCUCAUAUUUGAUGGAUUUUUGGCUGUCCUCUUUCGAAAGAUCUUCCCUCAAACAUUGAUUUCCAUGAAAUUUGCUUGUUGGUACCAAGGCAGCGCCAUAGUUGUGUUCUGACUGAAUUCCUAUGCUUCUUGCAUCCUUUGAUACUCUAGGAAUUGUAAUCACUUCGUCCCUUGGUUCUUGGGGGUUUCUUGACUGUUCUUGGGCUGCAAGAAUAACUUUGAGUUGUGGCAGUAUUUGCUGUUGAAAUUGGUGCCCCAUCUCUUUAAUAGACUCCUUGACUCAUUAUCUUCAUUCUCAGGGCUUUGACUUUAACUGCAAGGUUGGAUCCUGGGGUGUUAUUGUUCAUGGUUUUCUUGGGUCCCAUGGCUCUAUGCUCACCACACCAAUUUGCUAGAUUUAUAUUAGACUAGAAAAAGUUUAACAAUUAAAUUUACACAAGAUUGCUGAAAAUCCCACUAGAAUACUUUAAUUAAUCACUAAAGAAUUAAACAGAAGAGCUUUUUCAAAGGCUUUCUCUCCUAUUCUAACCUUUCAAGAGGGCUAGAUCUCACUCAAGAGAUUUCUCUAAAUUCUAAACUCUUUCAACCCCCUGAUAUUUUAAGUUUAGUUGUCUAUGCAUAGCUAAUAAAGCUUGUCGCAUUAAUAUCCUAAUUAAAAGCUACUAAUCAAUACAAAAAGAACACCUUAGCCUAAAACAAUUACAUCAAACACGAAGAUUGAAUUAAAGUGUAGUAAUAAAACUCAUGCUUGGUGUUUGUGGUCUUUCAUCCUUUGGUAGACACAUUGGACCAGGGGCCUAUCUUGAACACAUGUAAUUUGGAAACAAAAUUUAUUUUUAUAUACAAUUGUGUUUAAUAUUUUAUUCAUAUUAUGUCAUUGCUAUAUUUAUGAAGCAUUAGGGCUAGGGAAUUUUAAAAAAGUGUUAUUAACACUUGUUUAUUUUCGAAAAAAAAAACAUUCUUGUUUGACGCACCUUAUCAUAGAUAAGAGACACUCUUGAGUAGGGUUGGAGCUCUCAUGGUAGCACUAAGAGAGAGGAGCCACAUUGGUAGUCCCCUCCUUUCUAUAGGACCAGAAAAAACUCUUGUUCGAGUUAAUUUGAAAAUGACAUCAAUCAUAUCUAAAAGGUUAUCUCACAUAGUCAAACUUCUAUGUAGCUUAUGCAAACUUUAGGAUUUAUGCAACAAUGAUGUUUAGGGUUGGAUCAUAUUUUUGAAUUAUUUUGUUGGUCACAUAUUUAAAAGGGAAAAGUACCACACAAAUGUAGAGGAUACAAAUGACACAAGAAUGGCCUUAAGAAAAGAUUUGUGAUAGUUAAGCGUUUUUUAAGUCACGACUAAGUAAGUUGGCUAGUCUUAUGCUCCUAAAGGAAGAUUGAAUGUGUAGUCAUAGACAUAGCUCUUGUGGUAGCGCUAAGAGAGAGGAGCCACAUUGGUAGUCCCCUCCCUCCUUUCUAUAGGACCAGAAAAAAAUCUUGUUUGAGUUAAUUUAAAAAUAACAUCAAUAAUAUCUGAAAGGUUAUCUCACAUAGUCAAACUUCUAUGUAGCUUAUGCAAACUUUAGGAUUCAGGCAACAAUGAUGUUUAGGGUUGAAACAUAUUUUUGAAUUAUUUUGUUGGUCACAUAUUUAAAAGGGAAAAGUACCACACAAAUGUAGAGGAUACAAAUGAUUCAAGAAUGGCCUUAAGAGAAGAUUUGUGAUAGUUAAGCGUUUUUUAGGUCACGACUAAGUAAGUUGGCUAGUCUUAUGGUCCUAAAGGAAGAUUGAAUGUGUAGUAGACAUAGCUCUCAUGGUAGCGCUAAGAGAGAGGAGCCACAUUGGUAGUCCCCUCCCUCCUUUCUAUAGGACCAGAAAAAACUCUUGUUUGAGUUAAUUUAAAAAUAAGAUCAAUAGUAUAUGAAAGGUUAUCUCACAUAGUCAAACUUUUGUGUAGCUUAUGCAAACUUUAGGAUUCAGGCAUAAUGAUGUUUAGGGUUGAAUCAUAUUUUUGAAAUAUUUUGUUGGUCACAUAUUUAAAAGGGAAAAGUACCACACAAAUGUAGAUGAUACAAAUGAUAUAAGAAUGGCCUUAAGAAAAGAUUUGUGAUAGUUAAACAUUUUAUAAGUCGCGACUAAGUAAGUUGGCUAGUCUUAUGCUCCUAAAGGAAGAUUGAAUGUGUAGUCAUAGACUUAGCCUAAUAGCACUACUCCUCACAAAGAAGUGGUUGCAAGUUUGAAUCCCCUUCCUCCAAUGUCCAAAAAAAAAGGGAAAGGAAGACUAAAGGUGAGCAUACUAAGGUGGAAAAGCUAGAAAUAUAGGUGGUGUGUAACAAAGAGCUACUUGGGUUUUUAUAAUAGUUGAUGCUGCCUCUCACCCUAUUCAAUGAAAGUAUUCUCAUUCUAAGUUGAUAAUCAAGUAUGUGAACGUUAUUACCAAGCUUUUGUUGUUUUCAUCUUUUCUUAGGUGUAAAACCCUAAUUCUGCAAGCUUAUAUAUGUUUAUAGGAAACUCUAUCUUUACUUUUAAACACUAUAGAAAUCUUUUCUAGAAUAAAACUCUCUUUAUGCAUUGUGUGCCCAAAUUUAAAUUAUUUUGUAUCAUCGACUUCUAGGGAGUUUUGGUGAAUUGGUAGGGUGGGACGAUUCAUUUUCAAUCCUUGUGAUUGAUUUGCAUUUCUCAUCAAAUUUUAACUUUUAUGUUUGGUCUGUUGAUGCAUUUUUCUCUUUCUUUAGUUGAUACUUUCCCUUUUAUGUUCAACAUUUUUACUUUGUUGUGUACAUCUUUCACUUCUCUAGAGCUCAAGAUGACUUUUAUCGAGGUUGUGGACUUAUCCAAUGAUGAUGAAGGUGGAGAGUUGGAUGUAGAAGUUAUUAAGUUAAAACCACAUUUGGUUCGGAGUACAUUGCAAUCAGACAAGAAUAGUAAAGUCCAAUUGUCAAAGCAUCAAAUGUUGAAAACCAUGUAUUCAAGACAUGAAAGUGAAGUGGAGAGCCCAAAUGUUCCACGUACUAGUCAUAGUAUGUUGGAUCAAAGGCAAUCUCCAAUGGAAAAUGCAUGUCUUUCGUCGACAUUAUCUAUGUCUUCAGCACCUAUAUGUCGACAAUUUUGGAAAGCUGGGAACUACAACAAUGCUCUUGGUUCCAAAGUCGCACUUCAAAAUGGAAAAAACUAUCUACAAGUCCACCCUAUGUUUCUUCAUUCCAAUGCCACUUCACAUAAGUGGGCAUUUGGUGCCAUAGCAGAACUGCUGGACAAUGCAAUUGAUGAGAUCCAUAAUGGGGCCACUUUUGUAGCUGUUGAUAAAAUAUUGAAUCCAAGAGAUGGAAAUCCAGCCUUGUUAAUUCAAGAUGAUGGUGGUGGAAUGGGCCCUGAUACCAUGCGGCAGUGCAUGAGUUUUGGAUUUACAGUAAAGAAAUCAAAAUCAGCAAUUGGACAAUAUGGAAAUGGCUUCAAGACUAGUACAAUGAGACUUGGUGCUGAUGUUAUUGUCUUCAGUCGCCACUUGAAUAAUGGGAUAUUGACUCAAAGCAUUGGUCUUCUUUCUUACACGUUUUUAAGAAGAACAAACUGUGACAGGAUAGUUGUACCGAUGGUUCAUUAUGAGUAUAACACAUCAACUGGCAUGUUGGACUUCUUGCAUGGUAAAGAGCAUUUUAUGUCCAAUCUUUUGAUGUUGCUACAGUGGUCUCCUUAUGCCACAGAAUCAGAGCUUCUUGACCAAUUUAACGACAUUGGGUCUCAUGGCACAAAAGUUAUUGUCUACAACUUAUGGUUUAAUGAUGAUGGAGUUACUGAGCUAGACUUCAAUAAAGAUCCUCAAGUAACUUGUUCUGUUUGCCUCUUUCAUUCUUUUUUUCUCUCUUACAAAAUGUAUCCUUACUUAUUUAGUAGCCUUUAUGUCUUAAUUGUUGCAUUGCAGGAUAUUUGUAUUAGUGGGGAUACUAGAAAAAUUGAAACACUUCCUUCUUUGAAGUCAAUAAAUGAACAACAUAUAGGCAACCGGUUCCAAUAUUCUCUUCGUGUGUACCUGUCUAUCUUAUACUUGCGAAUACCAGAAAGUUUCAAAUUAAUACUUAGGGGUGAAGUUGUGGAACACCACAACAUUGCCGAUGAUCUCAAAUUUCCAGAAUUUAUCUUGUAUGAACCUCAUAGCUCAGGAAUUAUGGAGGGUCAAGUUAUUACAACUAUUGGGUUUCUUAAAGAGGCUCCAGAUGUCAGCAUCCAUGGCUUCUGUGUCUACCAUAGAAAUCGUCUAAUUCUUCCUUUUUGGCAGGUCCUAAGCUAUAAACAUAGUAAAGGAAGGGGAGUUGUUGGAGUGUUGGAAGCAAAUUUUAUUGAACCAACUCAUAAUAAACAAGAUUUUGAGAAAAGUUCUCUUUUUCAGAAACUUGAAAAUCGUCUGAAGGACAUGACCUUAGAAUACUGGGUUCACCACUGUGGUAGUAUUGGCUAUCAAGUCAAUAUAAAAUACCCUCAGAAAAACCCACCACCUUUAAGCUGUCACAAUUUCUCCAAUGUCGGUAUUGCAAAAGAGUCAGCUGGAAGAUCCGAAUAUUCACUUCCUAACUUUGAAAGCCAGCAUGAACAGAGCUUAAAAAUGAAAAGAAAGGAGCAAGGUGAUUUUGGAGAAGUUCAUAGUUUGAAAAAGCAGGCUGUUGGAGGAGUAAAUAAUUCAGGUACUAAUAUAGAUCGGUCGAAAGGUCAACAGGCGGCGCUCUUGAUGCAAGAAAACAAAAAAUGGCUUGCAAAAUGCUCGGAGUAUGAGAAAGAGGAGAUAGAACUUCUUGUCAAGGUGACACAACUCAGAAGCCAAAUAGAAGAGUUUGGCAAUGAGUACGCUCGGUUAUUGGCAGAAUUACAAGCAAUGGAAGCAGUUAAGCCAGAAAAGUCCAUUUCAUUUAAUUCUUUCAUUUGUUAAAACCAAUGAUGUAUAUCCAUAGAUGGAUGAGCCAAGCAGUUUCUAGCAAGAUCUUAGGUACGUAUGAAGCAGAAAUGGUAGCCCCCAAUAGCUGGUCCUUUUUCUCUUCUUCUGUAUAUUGGCUAAUGUGAAUAUCAUAAAUGAGGUUUGUAACAGAUGAGAGUCUAGGCUAGCUGCUUUCACAUAAUACACAAGUAGAGAAGUGUGAUGUACUUCAGCUUUGAAAAAGAAAAAAUGAAAAGAGAAGAUAAAGGUCAAAUGUUUAAA